AUGAGGUUCAUCCUUUUAUUCUUGGGUCUCCUCGUGGCACCUCGGGCUGUUGUUCUCACUCGUCGCUUUGACAGGUAGAAGUUUCUCAUUGUGGGAAAUCUCCAAAAGGAAAAGUUGCCAUAAGUUGGUUUCUUUGCUUAGUAGACUUAGGGGAGCGAGAUCCACCAGGAUGAAUAGCUUAGGAUGCAGCAGAUCACCACCUCAGCUGGCUAAUUCCUGGCUCGGUUGGCAUGAAGUUCCCAACGCCAGCUCAACCAAAGAUAUGCCAGCAUAAUUUGCUCAUUCUGGCUCAACCGGUGCAUAGCUGGGGCUGGUAUACCGUAUUUUUUGCACCAUAACACUCACUUUUUUCCUCCUAGAAAGUAAGGGGAAAUGUCUGUGCGUGUUAUGGAGGGAAUGCCUACGGGUGGCAUGCCUACUGAUUUUCCUCCUCUAAAAACUAUGUGCGUGUUAUGGUCGGGUGCGUGUUAUAGAGCAAGAAAUACGGUAAGUCCCCAAAAAGAGGCAUGGAAGGAGCAGGGUGGUGGGGACUUACUUAGGCUGGAUCCUGUUCACCUCAGUCACAUGACAACCCAGCAUGGAAUAUUAUUUUAGGGCUUGUUUUCCCUCUACCAGGCUUAGGCAGAGCAGAAAGAGCAGGACUUCUGAGCGGGGCUUGUACCUGGUAUAACUUUAUUCCAGUUUAAUUUAAUUUAACUUCCAUGCUUUAAGGCAGCUUAUUGUGAACUGGCUUGCUUCCUUACUGGUUGCAGCAGUUGGAGAGCACACAAUCCAGCACAUUGUUUGUAAGUCCAGUUGAAAUGAAUGUAUGCUGUGCAACCACACACGAAAUAGUCCCUAGCCUCAAAAAACCAAAUAUUGGGGGGAAGGAAAAGGGCAGGAUGUGGCUUAGUUUAAUGGCAAUUUUCCCUCUAGAAAUAUGUUUCAUUCUUAUUGAAGUGAGAAAGUAUUUCGGGUGAAACUUCAGAAUGAAAACCAAGUGGACUUUCUAAAGGACCUGGCCUCCACAGUUCAGGUGAGAUUCUUCUUCCACAUGUUUUUCAUUUUUAUGUUUUUCUCCAUAGGUUUUAGCAAUGGGUUUUCAUCUCAAAUAUGCACAUUCUUUGUCAAUGCAAGAUCUGGGAACAAAUUAAGAGACAAUGCCCCAUAGCUUACAAAAUCUCCUUUGCUUGAGCAAAAUACUCAACAUUCACCCGCUUCAUUUUGAGUGUGAAAUUCUGAAACAUGAAUUUCUGUCUCAGAAUUUAAAAACAUGAGUGCCUUAGUCUCAAUGGCAGCUCGUUAUUGUUUUCAUAUUGGUAGGUAUAAAAUAAGAAGCAUCAUAACCAUACAAUUAUAAAACACUUAAUAAAUAGAAUUGCCUAUCACCUCUUUGAUACACUCAAAUGCAUCAACUAUUUAAAAUAUCAAAUAUUGAAAGCAAGUAUCAUUGGAUGUCAGUUAUAAGUAUCAAAUAUUCAGGCUGACUCCCAUUUGGAGAAUCUUUGGCAAUAAGAGUUGCAGGGAAGAUUUUUCAGAAGAACAUAUGGACUUUUUAAAAAUAAUGUAUAAUAUUGGAAACAUUAUUAUAUCCAUUAUUAUUAUUAUAUCCAUGCACUAACGUUUAGAAUGGACAAGAAAAUACAUGAAGGAAUUGCCCUUCUCAUUACCUGAAUCUUCCUUUUUGGUAGCCGUCUGAUCUUUCAAUGGGAUUUUUAUUUUUAUUUUGCCCAAAGCAACUUGCUUCUUAAUAAAUGUGUUCAUUUCCUACUCUUCCAUGCAUAUGCUGUCAUAGAGACAAUUAAAACAUAUGUGAAGGAGGGGAAAGAAGAUUUUAUUUCAAUCCAAUGUCUGGGAAAGUCUUUAACAACCCAUAUACCUGAGAAUGCACACUUUCUUAAAGACAAACUUUACUGAAUUUUUCCUACACAGCUUGACAUUUGGCAUCCUAAUUCAAUCCAUCACGUUGUUGUUGGAACAGAUGUGGAUUUUCGUGUUGGUUCAGAUCAGACAAGCUUUGUACAGACAGAGCUGGAGCAGAAUGGAAUACAAUACGGGUAUGUAUGCUACAUAAUGCUAGUUUGUGAUGAUUGUAGAGUAUGUGUAUCAUAUAAUGUUGCAAACAACAAGAAAGAGGUAGUCACCAAACUUGGAAUUUAACCAGGUCACAAUUUCAUUCAAUAUUUACUGACACUGAGAAAUUACGCUUAAAUCAGAAAACAUGGAGAGGAAAGCACAGAGGUCUUUUCUUUUUCCUAACUCAUAUUCACCCAAGGAACUGGACUGGCUGCUCAGCUGACGCUAAGCCACAGGGGACGAGACCUCACCCAAGUCUUUAAUUCAAAUGUUACGUGAAAUUCUGCAUCUUAUAAUUUUCCAUCUUCCUUUACUCUCACAAUAUCUGAGUUUCCACUCAUCGUGAGAUUUCUGAUUGCUUCUACUGAUGUGACCAGGAAGCCAUUGACUGCUACUCAUUGCUACCAUCAUCAACCUUGGGACUAGGAGGAUGGAUAAUGUAAACCACUUCCUUCUACCUCACAGCCAUCCCUGUCCCACAGCUCUGGCUGUGAUUUGAGGGGAACUAUUUACAGUACUUAAAAUUGUAGCAACAAUUUAACUAAGUAUGUGAAGGUAAUCAAAACAGAAUUAAGUUCCUUAAGAAGAGAAUUCUCCAGUAAAUAAAAAAAGAACUUUUUUUAGACAAAAAAUGUCCAUUGUAUAAUCAGAUCAAAGUAUUUAUAUAUAGAAAUGCAUAUAUUACAUUAAAGUCCAGCUUCCAUUAUUGCCUGAUGCAUACUUGUCGAACUGCAGGUUGUCAGCACUAUUAAAUGAAAGUCUUGCUGUCUCUUUAAGGGGGUCCUAUUCAUUAUUAUUUUUAUUAUUAUUUUAGUAAGAUGAGUUUUUUUUACUUUUAUCUUCUCUGCCACCAUAAGUGUGCAGUUCUCAUAUGUAAUCUUCUGGGCUUUAAUCCAUAUCUUCCUUCCACUAAUACUUUUCCAAGUAGAUUGCAAGCAUAGAUUUAUGGUAUGGAGUUGAAUUGUCUUUUGGGAGGUUGUUGUUGUUUAGUCAUUUGGUUGUGUCCGACUCUUCAUGAUCCCAUGGACCAGAGCACGCCAGGCACUCCUGUCUUCCACUGCCUCCUGCAGUUUGGUCAAACUCACGCUGGUAGCUUCGAGAACACUGUCCAACCAUCUCGUCCUCUGCCGUCCCCUUCUCCUUGUGCCCUCAAUCUUUCCCAACAUCAGGGUCUUUUCCAGGGAGUCUUCUCUUCUCAUGAGGUGGCCAACGUAUUGGAGCCUCAGCUUCACGAUCUGUCCUUCCAGUGAGCACUCAGGGCUGAUUUCCUUAAGAAUGGAUAGGUUUGAUCUUCUUGCAGUCCAUGGAACUCUCAAGAGUCUCUUCCAACACCAUAAUUCAAAAGCAUCAAUUCUUCGGUGAUCAGCCUUCUUUAUGGUCCAGCUCUCACUUCCAUACAUCACUACUGGGAAAACCAUAGCUUUAACUAUACAGACCUUUGUCAGCAAGGUGAUGUCUCUGCUUUUUAAGAUGCUGUCUAGGUUUGUCGUUGCUUUUCUCCCAAGAAGCAGGCAUCUUUUUAAUUUCGUGACUCCUGUCACCAACUGCAGUGAUCAUGGAACCCAAGAAAGUAAAAUCUCUGACUACCUCCAUUUCUUCCCCUUCUAUUUGCCAGGAGGUGAUGGGACCAGUGGCCAUGAUCUUAGUUUUUUUGAUGUUGAGCUUCAGACCAUAUUUUGCACUCUUCUCUUUCACCCUCAUUAAAAGCUUCUUUAAUUCCUCCUCACUUUCUGCCAUCAAGGUUGUGUCAUAUCUGAGGUUGUUGGGAGGUAGUAUUGCAAAAGCUGCAAACCUUAACGCUGGGCAAAUUCUAGGGAAAUAGACGUUUGCCACUGAUUUAAUCAAAACAUAGCUUAUAUUCAUUGACUGCCCCCCAGUGGAUAUUGGAAAGGUGGGAAGUUAGUAAUCAAUUAAACACAUUUUACUUUCUCACCUCACAAUGCUGAGUUGAAUAAAAUACCUUUAGCAUAAAUAUGCUACAUCUGAUGCCCUUUUAAAAUGUGGUUUUUUGGGGAGAGGGGUUAUUGGGUUGUAGUUUUUAUUUUGAUUAUAUAUUUUGUGGUUUUAUAUUUUGAUUUUGUUCUGUGAACCACCCUGAGACCUCUGGGUAUAGGGCAGUAUAUAAAUUCAAUAAAUAACAGCAACAACAUUAGUGUCAGAAGUGGCACAGCUUCCUGAGUAUGUGGCAGUUUUAUUUAUGCAUUUAGUUGGUUAUUUAUGGCACAAUCUUUUCAGAAGUAAUCCCAACUGAAUUCAAUGGAGUUGAAUUCUUCCAAGGUAAGUACAGUGGUACCUUGGGUUACAUACACUUCAGGUUAUAGACUCCACUAACCCAGAAAUAUUACCUCAGGUUAAGAACUUUGCUUCAGGAUGAGAACAGAAAUCAUGCUCCGGCAGUGCAACGGCAGCAAGAGGCCCCAUUAGCUAAAGGUUAAGAACAGUUUCAGGUUAAGAACGGACCUCCGGAAUGAAUUAAGUACUUAACCUGAGGUACCACUGUAACUGUUUGCUGCUAGCUACCUUGUUACAUGCACUGACAUAUGUGUAAGCUUUGUUUAAUUUCAGGAUGUGGAUGAAGGGAUUAAACUAGAGGAGCCACAGAGAAUCUCCUCCUGGGGAGGGAGGGGCUAUGUGCGUGAACUAAAUGUGUUGGUGUCCUUUUUCCCACCACAGAAUUUUAUUCCAUAAUCUACAAGAAGAGAUUGAAAAACAAUUUGAUGGUGGGAGACAUUUCCGCGAGAAGCACAGCUACACGAGAUACAAUGAAUGGGAAAAGGUACCAUGUUCUGAGGGGUGGUUCCUCUCCCUUAAGCUACAUAUAUAAUCGGGACGAUAAGUAGAUCAUUUUUCACCUUCAUGACAUUUUAAUCGGACGUAUGCCAGUGUUUUAUAACAACCGUGUUUUCUUAGAUUGUUGCAUGGACUGAAAGAAUGGCUAAAAAAUACCCCAAACUGGUCUCGAGGGUUCAGAUUGGAAAGACUUAUGAGGAUCGUCCCAUGUACCUGCUUAAGGUGAGAGUCUUGUUCUGACUCAAGUGCUAUAAAUAAUUUAGAUUUACAACUAGAGGAAGUGACCACAGAAAAAUGAGCAUUGCCAAAUUAAGGACGCUACAGCCCAGAUAUCCCACCAAUCUGGCUGGGUUUCCCCAGCCACUCUGGGUGGCUUCCAACAAAAUAUUAAAAAUACAACAAAACAUUAGACAUUAAAAACUUCCCUAAUCAGGGCUGCCUCAGAUGUCUUCUAAAAGUCAGAUAGUUGUUUACUUCCUUGACAUCUGACAGGAGGGCAUUCCACAGGAUGGGUGCCACUACCGAGAAGGCCCUCUGCCUGGUUCCCUGUAACCUCACUUCUCACAGUGACGGAACCGCCAGAAGGCCCUCAGAACUGGAUUUCAGUGUCUGGGCUGAACGAUGAGGGUGGAGACGCUCCUUCAAGUAUACUGGACUGAGGCCAUUUAGGGCAUGGGUAGGCAAACUAAGGCCCGGGGGCCGGAUCCGGCCCAAUCGCCUUCUAAAUCCGGCCCGCAGACGGUCCAAGAAUCAGUGUGUUUUUACAUGAGUAGAAUGUGUCCUUUUAUUUAAAAUGUAUCUCUGGGUUAUUUGUAGGGCCUGCCUGGUGUUUUUACAUGAGUAUAAGGUGUGCUUUUAUUUAAAAUGCAUCUCUGGGUUAUUUGUGGGGCAUAAGACUUUGUUCAUUAUUAUUAUUUUCAAAAUAUAGUCUGGUCCCCCACAAGGUCUGAGGGACAGUGGACUGGACCCCUGCUGAAAAAGUUUGCUGGCCCCUGAUUUAGGGCUUUAAAGGUCAACACCAACACUUUGAAUUGGGCUCAGAAAUGUACUGUGAGCCAAUGUAGGUCUUUCAGGACCGGUGUUAUAUGAUCUCAGUGGCCACACCCGGUCACAAAUCUAGCUGCCACAUUCUGGAUUAGUUGUUAAAGUUGUUUGCACUUGCUCUGUUGGACCAUGGAACAGUUUUAUGAUGUCCAUGCAUAACCGAGUUCUAUUCCCUGUAGAUCCACUUAUUUGUUUUCUCCAAAACAUAUUUCCCGUGGGAUGCACCCUCCCAUUGAACUGAAUGCUAGGACUGCGGAUUCUGCACAUAGUAUACACAGGAUAAAGAUGUUUCAAAGAUUAAUAUUUCCUGCUUAACAGGUUGGGAAGGAGAGUGGAAAAAAGAAGGUCAUCUUUAUGGACUGCGGCAUUCAUGCACGCGAGUGGAUCUCACCUGCUUUCUGCCAAUGGUUUGUGAAGCAGGUUGGCUAAACAGUACUUUAUUUAUUUAUUACAUUUACAGACUACUUUUGUCUUCCACUGAGCUUAAAGUGGUGUACAUGGGUCUCCUGCUCCCCAUUACAUCUUCACAACAACCCUGUGAGGAAGGUUAAGCUAAGAGAAGGUGACUGGCCCAAGGUCGCCCAGUGAGCUUCAUGGCUGAGUGGUGUUGUAGAUACAAAGUUUCCAGCAGCCCAACAAAAUGCCCUGUUUUGCUAGCUACCAGCUGUCUGGCCAGAGGUUGCGCAUCCAUCACAGCAGAACUAUGCACCCAUUGGUGGCACUUCUCAAGCAAAGUUAACAGAGAGGGGUCUGUAUUACACUCUAACCCACAACUCCAGCCACCAAAAGCAGGAAGUUAAAAUUACAGCCUCAUAGUGCAAUCCUAUAUGUGUCUAGAGCGUAUUUUUUGCUCUAUAAGACGCACUUUUCCCCUCCUAAAAAGUAAGGGGAAAUGUGUGUGCAUCUUAUGGAGCAAAUACAGGCGGGAGGCUCUGCUCAGCGCUCCCUUUAAAGAGCUGCGUGGAGCAUGUGUGCGGCUCUUCGGGGCUUUUCCCCAAGGAGGGAGAAGGGCUGCCCUUCUCUCUCCUCUGGGAAAAGCCCCCAAGAGCCGUACACAUGCUCCGCGUGCUCUUUAAACGGAGCGCGGCUCUUGGGGGAGCCUUAGCCACACGCAGCCUCUCCCGGGCAGGGGAUGAAGGCUCCCUUUGCCUGGGAGAGGCUGUGCACGGCUAAGCAAGAAGCCAGGACAGCCAGCGGAAUCGCUGCACUGCGAUCCCGCCGGCUGUCCUGGUUUCUGGGAUUCAGAAUACUUUUUUUCUUGUUUUCUUCUUCCAAAAACUAGGUGCGUCUUAUGGUCUGGUGCGUCUUAUGGAGCAAAAAAUACGGUAACUCCCAGUGACUUCAGUGGAGCGAACUUCAUGGCAGCUGUGUAUAGGAUUGCAGCCCUAGUGGGGAGAAGAGGUGUUUUAGUUUUUAAGUAGUUCUAUUGUUUAUUUUAUUUUACCCUUAAGCUCCGAAAUCCUAAAGGUGAAAAAUCUGCUUUAAAAAUAAAAAAAUUCUGAAGGAUUCUAACCUUCUCAGCUUGUUGACAACUGAAUAGUGCAUUUGUAUAAUUGCACAAAAUGUUGGGGUUUUUUUCUUGCAGGCUGUCAGAACCUAUGAAACGGACAAGGUCAUGUUCAAGCUCUUGAACAAUUUGAACUUCUACAUCCUUCCCGUAUUCAACAUUGACGGCUAUGUCUGGACAUGGACUGAAGUAAUGGCCACAUUUCCCCCCUCUUUAGUAGUGUGCUGAAUUGAAUGUUAUUAUUUCUAUCCAUUAUUACUGCAUUAAUAAAUUUAUUAAAAAUUUAUUUAUUAAGGUGACACCGAAAAGGAGGGGAGGGGGCUGGCCCAUGUGGUGGAACAUAAUAUUUUAUGGAAUGGCUACAAUUCCAUAGCAACUUACUUAUACACAAGUCCCAAUGAGCUCAAUGGGACUUGCCUCAAAGUAAUGUAUAGGACUGUGUUGUAGGUUAUUCAUGGGGAGUUCAAACGUGAGUAUUCAUGUCUCCAAUGCCUGCGCUGUCAAAGGAGCUAUGAUAUCAUAUAUUGAAAGUGUUGGGGAUCAGCCUUCAAUAUUUGUCCUAUUUUGUUGCAUCCCCUUGAUGCCCUCAAUCACAGCUCCUGUCCACACACCCGAAUGCCUAUACCAGGUAUCUUCCCUUCACCCAGAGUCGGUGCUCUCUUUACCUUUGGGAAUCAGCUGUGUUACAACAAUUGUGAGUAAGGAGAGAGAAGAAUAAGAUCUUGAGAUUGCUAAGCAAGUGGUUGGUCCAUCAGCCUACUGACUCCUUGGACUUACUAAGGCAGCUGCCAUGGUUGGAAUCAAGAAGUUAAAGGUUCACUCAUUCUCAGUUAGCGUUGACUCCUUGCAUGAACUAGCUAAUUGUGACAUGAGCCUUGGCAGCCUAGAGAUUCCUUUGUCAACCUUUGUAACAUUAUAUUAUUGUCACUUGGCCUAGGACCUUACAGUGAAAGGCAGGUAAAAAAAAUUAUAAAUAGAUACAUACAUAGAUUUAUAUGUAUGUAUGCUCUGGUCCAUGGGGUCACGAAGAGUCGGACAUGACUAAAUGACUAAACAACAACAACAUAAAUUUGUAAAUUUUAACACGCAGUAAAAUUAUUCCUCUCCUGUCCUCAUUUCCACAUUUCAAGUGGAAUGUGUUAGCAGUGUAUAUACACAUUUCACCAAUAAAUGUAGGUACAAAAGCCCGGUAAUUGUUACCUGGCAAAAUCGGGGGGGGGGGGGAUGAAAGGUGAUCAGUCCACCGUGCAUGCAGAUCACAUGUAUGUUAUGUCUAACAGCUGGACAUAAGGAAUGACCACGAGCUGGCCAUGAGGAAGAAAGUGAGGCCCUAAGGCAGGGCAUAUGGGCCCAAUCCUUCUGAUGCACUAUACAAAAAAAAUGUUCCCCAAAGGAACAAGAAUAGAUUUCCAUCAUUUUGUCUCACAGGAUCGCAUGUGGAGAAAGAAUCGUGCGAAUACCUCUAACAGUGAUUGUCCUGGUGUUGACUUGAACAGGAAUUUCAAAGCUAAAUGGGGCAGUAAGUAUAAUAUGCCAAGGAGCGACAUUAACUGAGACUCAACAUUUCUCUAACUGUCAAUUUCCACAUUCUAUUUGAACUUUCCCACAAUCUAAAAGUCACUUCCAGAAAUAUAGUGGAAAAUUGUACAACUUAAGCAUUCAUUUCUGUCAUGAGUGUAGCCAAGUGAGGGCCGGGGGGGACAGCCACCCACCCACCCCCAAUCAAGUAAAACAAUAGAAAUAUUUAACUGACCAAUCAUGUAGGUUCUGCCCCCCUCUAACAAAAAUCCUGGCUACACCCAUGAUUUCUGUGUUACUUACUUUCAGAAAAGGAAUUUGCAAAAAACACCAAAAUGAACAUUAAAUUUGUGGCCGUGUGAUAUAUUUCUGGGAAUGGCUUUUGCAUCACGCAAAAGAGAGCCAAAGGCAUUUUCCCACCUGAAGCAGAACACCAAAUGCAGCCAUUUCCCAAUCCAAAUAUGGAAGCUUUUUCCUCAAUAAGUGGACUUACUUAUGAAUAGGCCACUAACCUCCUACGCCUUUCCCACUUCAUGCUGAAUUCCAAACUGAGGAUCCGUCGAAGUGGAAGAGGCAGUGGCAGGUGUCUCCUCCCAGACUCUGCCUCUGCCAAUGGGUCAUCUGUACUCCUCAUCUUUUUCCUCCUAUUCAGGCUCCCUGUGCUAAAUGUAAUUAAAGCUUUGUCUUAAUGGAGCAGCCAUGAUAAAACUAGAUAAAUCCAACAGAUUUGUUUGCUAUAUACCAGUUAUUGGGAACCUUUGUUCCUCCAGAUAGUUCUGAAGUACAACCCCAUUAUCCCUGGCCAUUGGCCAUUCUGGCUGGGUUUGUUGGGAGCAGCGUUCAAAACUCCCAUUGUUCUAGGCGCGUUUUGCAACAAGGAAUUUCAUUAGCACAAGCAGUUUCUGAACUCUGGGCGCAGUACCGCUCCUAAGAUUUCCGAUUAAAACUGCAGAGUGGAAGGAAAGGAGGACCUUUUUCUGCCUCCGCCACUCUCUGAAGACUAGAGAAGAUACCCUCCUAAGAAUAUUAGGGGGGCAGGCAGGGGAAGCCAGGGUUUGUUUUCUGCAGUCUUCAGGUAAGGACUAGACCGUGUAAAAAAUGAAUAUAAUAUUUUAGCUGCAGUUCAUUCAUUUUCACUUUUAUAUUCUAUUUAUUUAAAAAGUGUGCCUAGACAUUCUGUUGUUACACCCAUAACCUAGGUUUAAUGUGCCAUUUAGCUCCUAACUUUCAUAUCUCAGUUUCUAACACUAGUUGGGAGUUGACAUGCGCCAAUAUCUGGAGGUCCAAAGUUUCCCCAAACCUGAGAUAUACCAAUAGCAAACUCUUUCUUCAAAUGAUUAUCCUUAUGUCAUCAAAGGAGCAUCAUCAGCACACAAGAAGGAUGUGCUGGCUGGGGCAAAUGAGAGCUGUAGUCUCAAACAUCUAGAGGGCACCAUGUUAGCAAAGGCUGUUGAUGGAAGGAAUUACCAGACUGCACUGACGUCAAAGAAAUCAUGACACAAAAAGCAAAUUGUGAAGUCCCUUCCUGAUUUGGAAAGAAAUGCAGUCUUCUUCACUAUUCUUCAAGCGAGUAAGCAAUCUAUAAAUGGCACCAAUAUAAAUACUUCAUCUGAAAACUUUUUCUUGCAGCCAUAGGUAUAUCGCAUAAACCUUGUUCGCAGAUUUACUGCGGUCCCUCGGCAGAAUCUGAGCCAGAAAUCAAAGCAGUUACAAGCUUCAUCCGAGAGCACCUUUCCUCCAUCAGAGGAUACAUAAGCUUCCAUUCCUAUUCUCAGAUAUUGAUGUUUCCAUAUGCCUAUAAGGACGAAACAGCACCCAAUAAUGAUGAACUGGUAUGUAGAAAAAGAUUAUUACAGUCAUCGUCUUAUCAUUCACAAAGCCACUGGGUGUAAACAAAUAUGUUGAGGCAUUGCUAAGCAGAGGCAGUGAGAUACGACCCAAAGUGCAUCAGAAAAGUAUUCAAAGCUCUGGGGAGUUGGAUGCAAAUAUCUGAGUGUUUUAGUAUAAAUUCAAUCUUUUCCAAUAAUUCAGUGCAAGGUUAGAGCCAAGAAACAGACAACCUCGACUGUCUAGAUCAGGUGUUGUCAACCUGGUCCCUACUGCCCACUAGUAGGCAUUUCAGGAUUCUAGGUGGGCGGUAGGGGGUUCUACAACACAAGCUGAAUCCUCCUUCCAUUCAGCACUGGUGGGCGGUAAGGAAAUUUUACAAUCAAGAAAAAUGCAUUAGUGGGCGUUAGGUAUAAAAAGGUUGACUACCCUGGUCUAGAUCUUAGCUAUGGUCCCCAUUAUGUUCAACUGCAGCAGAGGUCAGCUUGACCCAGUCUAUUGCAUUUUCUCCCCAAGGGUGCAUAUGAAACCAUAUUAAUGAGUACAAUGGAAAAGGUACCAUAGACAGAGACGUCCCCCCACCUUCUAAAUGACUUAGUAAUUCCUAGUAGUUGUUUUGUUCCCUAAAGAGAAUUGGACACCUGCCAGCAUCGCACAGGAAAUGAGUCUUGUGUAGGAAAACCAGCAUUCCUAAUUUCAUAGACACUUGUGAUAGAAAUGUAGAUACACCAAUGCUGCCCUCUUGUGUCUUAUAACAGAGGAACCUAAAUUUGCGCUCAUCUCCUCACUAUUAAUUGCUGUUUACAUUUCUUUUACAAAAAACCUGCUAUACUUUAAACCAUAGAAUCUGAUAUUUGAAAGGUCUCAUUGCCUCAUGCUCAGAUUCGUGUCCCUGGGACCACUGCCAAAAUAAAAUCUAGAGUUUGAUUUAGAAGAAACCAGUCCCAGUUCCAUGUUUUGAAAAGCCCUCAUUUAUUUUAUUUUAUUUUAUCUAUCUAUAGGAUGUCCUCAGUAGACACACACACAUACCUGCUCUUCUCAUUGCCACCAUAGCUAAAGCUGUCCAUUUACCGUAUUUUUCGCCCUAUAGGACGCACCGUCCCAUAAGGCACACCUAGUUUUUUGGGGGGGAAAUAAAGGGGGGGAAAUUAUUUUUCCCCCAGGCGCGGGGCUGGGGCGGGGGAAGCCCGAGCUUCCCCCGACCCCAGCCCCCAAACAGGCAGCUCUCUGCAAGCCGUGGGAGCCCAGCGCUGGCUCCUGCUGCUUGCGGAGAGGUCCGCGAAGCUUGCACCCGCUGAGCUCAGUGCGGGCAGGCUUCAGCAUGCAGGCAACUCUCCGCAAGCAGCGGGAGCCCAGCGCUGGGCUCCCACUGCUUGCGGAGAGGUGCCCGAAGCCUGCAUUCGCCCCAUAGGACGCACACACAUUUCCCCUUCAUUUUUGGAGGGGAAAAAGUGCGUCCUAUAGGGCGAAAAAUACGGUACUUUACAUUUCUACAGGCCCAAUCCCCACACCUGCUAGGAGAGGUUGCACUCCUGCUUGCAAGCUUCCUACAGACAUCCAGAUGGUCUCUGUGAAAACAGGUUGCUGGUCUAAAUGGACCUUUGGACUUUUUCAGCAGGGGUCUCCUCAUGUUAACUUAAUAUGGAGGUUUCUGUCCCUUUUCCCCACUAAAAGAGGACAGAGAAACAGAAAGAAGCAACAAGGAGGAGAUGAAGCCAAGAGGCUCAGGGACUGGCAAUGCCCUUCAGCUUCCUGGCAAAGUGCAUACUGACACAACUUUACCUUUUAAAGUUGUCUGCACUUUGGCAGUCAUCUCGCAUCUUACAUUUAAAAUGGGAUACUUUCCUUUAUAGAGACAGUUUUGUGUAGUUCUCCUAUCCAGUAGAACCAGAUGCCAACAAGUAUCAUUUACUGUUAGGAAUGUCUGGGUGAGAAGCUAUGAAAAGAAAUUGCUUCCUUAUAUAGCUGGAGGCAGCCCAAUGAUUCUCAGAAUCACACAUUGCAAAAUAGUACCCAAAAGAAAGCCGGGAAUAACUGUAUUAUACAACUCUGGUCCUCAAUACGAGAUGACUUGAGAUUGGCCCAAAGGGGUCACGUGUAAACGGAAGGUGUCAGGCUGGAGGAGACAGGGGAGAGGCGUACACAGUCGCUUGCCUGUAAAUAUACAGAAAUGUCCUGUUGGCCAAUGCCUGCAAGAAGGGAAGCAACUGAAUACAAACAAGUCUCAAAAGCAAAGAACAAGUUGUUCUCAUUCAGAGGAAUGAAGCCUAAAUUCCUUGUGAAAGUAGCAAACCUCAGUCUGUCCAUCUUUCAAUAACAAUGGGAAUCCUAAUCAGCUGCCUUGGAUCUAGGGUCAUGUGCAACACCUCCUUGUGCCCUACUCUAGGCUAUCCCAAGAAUGUUUCCAUGAACAAUCUAAUUCCCCCCCCUCUUUUAAAUACAGAACAAAGUAGCUAAGGAAGCAGUAGAAGCUUUAUCUAGCCUCUAUGGUACAGAGUAUACCUAUGGACCAACUGCCACUACAAUUUGUAAGUAUUUGUUUCUAUUUUCUAUGGACGUGUACAUGCAAGGAGAACUUUUGCAAAUCAGAUUAAUUAAAGCCAAUAUUUUGAAACAACAACAACAACAUAACUCAUGGCUCGUUUUUGCCUGACCUCUAUGUAGCCUUCCUGUGCUACUCAGCUUCACAACAGAUGGGGGACAGCAUGCUGAUGAUCUGCCUUCUAGCCCAGCCUAUCAGACCCUAUUGGGUCAUUGGAUAGAGCAUUGCUGCACUGACAUCACUGUAGCUUAUCUGAAUGGUGUGGGGGUAGGUAGGGAUGAGGGAGAUAUUCAAUUCUGUAUGCAUUUAAAGAUGAACCUACUUAUUUCGCACUUUUUAAAACAACCCUUAAAACGAAACACAGCCACCUUUCAAAAUUCACAGUUCUCUGAAUUUUGCAAUAUGGUUCUCAACCCAACUAAUAUGUAGGAAACCAUGUAUAUUGCGGUAAAUUGUACAUUAACUGUAUAUAAAUAUAAUGCAAAAAUGCAUUAUAUUGGGGAAAACUGCUUGCAGAAAUGUUCAUAUUUGUCAAAACAGCAUACAAAAAUGUAUUUUUUUAGAAGUGCACACUAAAAUACUGGCAAAUUUUCAUGAGCGUUUAAAAAAAAUACAGAAAUUUGGGGGACUGAAUAAGAAGCUGAAAGUGGAAGAUUUGUCUAUUCCCCAGAGCAGGGCAGCUGCAAGGGCAGGGAUGCUCAGAGUCCCUGCAUUCUGCCUGCACAGCCCUUGUCUCUCCCUGUCUGGGUAAUCUGCAGCAAUGCUGGUUUCAAGAGGGUCCUCUGCAUCUCUGCCUCACUACAUGGGCUGCUGUUGCUAUCAGAAGAAGCCUUCCUAUUUUAUUGCAUCCUUCAUGCCAGGGUUGUCUUAAAUGCUGCCUUCUGGUCUGCCUGUUUUUCAGAUCCUUGUUCAGGUUCCUCUCUUGACUGGGCUUACGACGAGGGCAUUAAGAAUGCAUUCACUUUUGAGCUUCGUGACCUUGGGAAAUAUGGCUUUAUCCUCCCUGAAUCGAAGAUAAGGCCAACCUGCAGGGAGACGAUGUUGGCAGUCAAGCACAUCGCCAAUUAUAUCCUCACCUCUGCUCCGUGAAGCUGUCUUCACGUUUACUUGCAAAUGGUAUUGGCUCCUCCUUGCCUAUCAGCCCCCUCCCCUUUUCUCCCUCUUAGAAAUAGCCCCUACAGAUUCUUCUCCAUUGCUUUAUUAUUAUUCUAUGAAUGCUUUUGUAAAGAUAGGCCAUCUUCUCUUACCUUCCUAUGCCACCAAUACUUCAUCAGGCUUGUGGUCUCUCCUGUUUAUUGCAGGGUGUCAGUUGGGUUGGAGGCAGACAUAGUCAUGGCUAGAGGAGAGCCACUGAAAUCAGUGAGACUUAAAUCAGUAGGACUCCUCUAAGUUUGAAUCCAACCCAGUUGUUCCAUUUCAGUCAUUUGAUUCAGAUACUUUAGGGAUGGGUUCUACUGGAAAUUUAUUAUUGUUUUAUGCAAGCAUAUAUCAGACAUCUGCUAUCUCCUGAAACCAGGUUGAUUUACAUGGUCCUUUUGGAAUAGUGACAGCUCCCCACCAUGCCCACUGAGCAUUUUUUAGGAUCUCUUAUGCAUUAUUUGUACACAUAAGUAAUGUUGUUAAUGUAAAAUAGAAAGAAGAAGGAGCCAUUUUUAAAACAAGAAAUGCAUUCUAGGCUCAGAGGGAUCACAAUUCAAUUACCAAUGCAGGUCAUACAACUGUGCUGUGUAAAAAGCUCCUGAGACCAUUCUCUCACAAUUGAGACUACAGCUGGGUUUUGCAUUUGCCAUCAUCAACAUUUGAAUAUAGAAGCUGCAUUGUUGGCUGCAAUGUACACAUGAUUUAAGAUUGGCUUCCCUCUGCUUUCUGUCUCUGCUGCAUUCCAGGGUUUGUCUAUAAUAUGGUUAGCCUAGCCUUUCAAUUAACAGCCUUGUAGCUGUCCCUGAAAAAUGAAACAGCAGAACUUUGGGAGCUCUGGGUCCCUGUCCUUCAAUUUCACACCCCAUGCCUUUUUUUUUUUCCUUUUUUUUUUACUUCAUUCCUGGGUAUUCAUCUGGUGUGAAGGAGAGAACCACAAUGGAGCUAUUUCUGUGUUGUGUUAUUUCAUGUGACUGUAAUGGAUGUGGGUGAAUAUCACAACUGUGUAAAAAGAACUGAUCAGAUCUUUCCCAACUUCCUUCCCACCAGUGUGGGGAAGACCAAAGCGAUUGGCCUCACUGAUUUGAUAUGAUAUGUAGCUGCAUGAGAUCACAAUGUGAGGAUAUGGCCCCCACACAGCUUGGUGCAUGUCCGUGUGGCCUUGUGAUCCUGCCCUAGAAGUCUCUGAAGUACCCUAAGAUCAGCUUUUAUUAUUCCACCCCAUUUAAUUCGCCAACUGACUUUCAGAAGCAUUGUAAGAAAGUAGAUCUACAACUUGAACAAUACAGAAGGAUACUGCAGCAUCAACUGAACUGUAACAUGGUUUAUGUCAAUAUAAAUUUAUCAGUCAAGUAAAACAAUGAAUUAGAUCCAUAUUGGUGGAAGUGGGGGGGUGGAAUGCUCUCUACUGUACUAAAGACACUCGUGAUCCUAUUUUAACCCACUUCAAAUAGUUAGCAGGAAAAAAAUAAUUGGACACAUAUUGUAUUUUCCUUUUCCUGGUUAUGGUUAUGCCUUUCCCAUCUAUCUCUCCGUAGCAUAUUUUAAAGGACAUGACAUAAAUAGGUAGUUUUUGAAAGGAACUCUGCUGUUUUAUAUUGCUUAGUAACCAGCAUAUUUCUUAAUAAAAGCUUUGCAUCGUG